AAGAGGCUCCAGAGUGGGGUGUGGGGUGUUCUGGGGCAUGCCUAAACAUACAAAAUGGGGUGCGAGUGGGUGGAUGAGGGACUGGAAGGAACCAACAGUAAAGGAACAGAGAGAGGGUGGAGAGGGGGAUGGCAGAACUGAAAGGAGAGCAGGGAGCUAUAGAACAUGUUUUUUACAAAGUGUUUUUCAGAGUCCCCUUCAGUCCUGAGCACACUCUGAAAGAGAGAGGGGACAAGGAGGGUAAGCCUCUUUGAUCAGUGAAGAUUUGUAUGACUGUGACCAUGCGUGUGGUGACUGUCUUCCUCUUGUCCACCCUGCUUCCACUCUCUUGCUCCCAUGGACGAGACCCCUUUGCCUGGCUGUACGGCCCCCAGAGCCAAAGAUUUGGCUCCUUGCAGGCAGACACAACAGGAGGGUGUCCAGAUGAGUGUGAUUGCCCUCCCACCUUCCCAGUCGCCAUGUACUGUGAUGGGCGGGGCCUGACAGCCAUGCCAACCAUCCCUUCCCGUGUGAAAUACUUGUACCUCCAAAACAAUGCCAUUACAGCUAUGUCCGACUCAGCUCUAGUAAAUGCAACCAAUCUGGUGUGGCUGAUGAUGCACCACAACCAGCUGACAUCUGACGCCAUUGGCAAAAAGGCAUUUAUGCAGUUGCAGGGACUAGAGCGUUUAUAUCUGCAACACAACAAUUUGACCGACUUUCCAUCAAAUCUCCCUCGCACACUGCGUGACCUGAGAAUCAACCACAACCAGAUUAAAAAGGUAACAGCUGCAGACCUAGAGGGAAUGGAUAACCUCACUAUCUUGUAUCUCCAUGACAAUGCUGUCACAGACAUGGGCACAUCCCUGAAGGCACUCAAAUCCCUCACACUGCUAGACAUCAGCAGCAACAAGUUGACUAAGGUCCCAGAGGUACUACCCGAACAUCUGCACCAACUUUACCUGGAGUCCAACUCCAUUGAUUCUCUACCAGAGGGCUUCUUGAACCGGUUCACUCAGCUGCAGUAUGUCAGGAUGGCUCACAAUCAGCUGACAGACAAGGGUAUCCCUUCCAACACCUUUAAUGUGACCGGGCUGGUGGAGCUAGACCUCAGCUACAAUAAACUGGAGAGAAUCCCCCCAGUGAGCACCACACUUCAGCAUCUCUAUAUGCAAGCCAACCAGAUCAAAGAGUUCACUCUGGGUAGUUUCUGCAGCGUCAUGGAUGUGACCAACUUCUCUAAGCUCCAGACGCUGCGACUGGAUGGGAACGAGAUCAGUCGCCAUGACAUCCCAACAGAAUCAACCCUCUGCUUGCGCCUGGCUACCAGCAUUGAGGUCUAACUAUGCGUAUGACACAAUGUGUGGCACUCUGCUCACAAACACAAAGCAAUUUACAGCAUGUAUUCAAAGUGUGACAUAAUUUGUGUAACGUGCCAAAACUACAGCACAGCAUGGCGACAAUAUGAUUUAAUUUCGACAGCAGGUGGCAGCAGUCCUUACUGAUAUAUCCUGGUUUUAGUUGACUAAAUAAAGGUAAUAAGAUAGGAGCCCCAUAUGAUGUUUUUGUGUAUUGAAAAUAAUCUUAGGCUACCCUGACCCUCCUUAUAUGCUGUGAGGAUCAAUGAUCUUUAAAUUGGUAUUUUUAUCUGUCUUUAUCGAGCUUCCUACAAAGCAUGCCUUCCGUUGUUUUGUCUGAUAAGUUGAUGAUAAAAAAUUACUAUGUGUUAUGGAUAGGG